AAGAAGGAGAAGAAGCUGAUUGGCUGGACGAGAUGAUGACGUGUUUAAUGGCGGAGCGUUGAGUUAAACGUGUAGAAAAUGUGUUUUGUUUAAUAAUUAUGAAAUAAAUGUGACUCGUUUCAUUUUAAUGUGGUCGGUACAGGACAUACAAUGGCCACAUUAGUUCUGGAUAACGGAGCCUAUACGGCGAAAAUAGGAUACAGUCUGGAGAAAGUCAGCGUCAUCCCAAACUGCCAGUUUCGCUCCAAGACGUCCAGAUUAAAAACCUUCACAGCCAAUCAGCUCGAUGAGAUCAAAGAUCCUUCGGGUCUCUUUUACAUCCUCCCCUAUCAGAAGGGUUAUCUGGUCAACUGGGACGUCCAGAGGAAAGUGUGGGAUCAUCUGUUUGGAAAGGAGAUGUUUAAGGUGGAUUUCGCAGACACCAGUGUCAUCAUCACAGAGCCGUACUUCAACUUCUCUUCCAUUCAGGAGUCGAUGAAUGAGAUCCUGUUUGAGGAGUACCAGUUCCAGUCGGCUCUCAGAAUAAACGCGGGCUCUCUUAGCGCUCAUCACUACUUCCACACUAAACCCACGGAGCUCUGCUGUUUGGUGGUCGACAGCGGCUUCUCCUUCACCCACAUCGCCCCCUACUGUCGCAGCAAGAAGAUGAAGGAAGGCAUCCGCAGGGUAAAUGUAGGAGGGAAGCUGCUGACCAAUCACCUGAAGGAGAUAAUUUCAUAUCGCCAGUUACACGUCAUGGAUGAAACUCAUGUGAUCAACCAGGUGAAAGAAGACGUCUGCUACGUCUCGCAGCAGUUUUACAAAGACAUGGAGAUGUUACAGAUGAAAGGGGAGGAAAACAAUGUGGUGAGGGAUUAUGUUCUACCAGAUUUCAGCUCCAUCAAAAAAGGCUUCUGCAAGCCACGAGAGGAGAUGGUCUUCAGCGGGAAGUACAAGACAGGAGAGCAGAUCUUGAGGUUGGCCAACGAGCGCUUUGCUGUUCCUGAGAUGCUCUUCCACCCGUCAGACAUCGGCAUCCAGGAGAUGGGCAUCCCAGAGGCCAUCGUGGACUCCAUCCAGUCCCUGCCAGAAGAGAUGCAGGCCCACUUCUACCAGAACAUCGUCCUGACUGGAGGAAACAUUUUGUUUCCAGGCUUCAGAGAGCGGCUGGAGGCAGAGCUGCGAUCACUCACCCCCGCCCACCUCCCCGUGUCCGUCCUACAACCUGCAAAUCCAAUCUGUUAUUCGUGGGAAGGAGGGAAGCUGCUGGCCCACAGUCCAGACUACGACGAGAUCGUCGUGACACGAGAGGACUACGAAGAGAACGGACAUUUUAUCUGUGAAGAAAAGUUUGAUAUUUGACUGAAGUGAAACUCUUGGCUGCAGAUUCUUCUGCAUCAUCGUGUACGUGGAAAAAAACAUCUGCAUCUUAGUAGAUCAGAGUGACGAAAACCUGCCAGAUGUUUAAAUCUGAUUCGCUUACAACAUAAACAGGAUCUGCAUUUAAAGUGCAAAAUGUAAAAUGUAAAAUGAAAUGUUUUUUUCUACAGCAGAUAUAUUUUAUUUCAGUGUGUUUCAUUUCUUUUUAUACGUGUGUGUGAGAGAGCCGGCAGACAUUGCGGCCUCAAGCUUUUGUUAUUCUUAAAAUUAUUCAGUUUUUUCAGUUUCAGUAGAGUUGUCCCGUUUUUCUCCUA